UGGAGGAAACUUUCGGUAGUCGUCGCGCAAACAUUCAGCUCUGCCAUCAUGUCAGUCACGGGUAUCAAGCUUGGCAACAAGAUCAUCGAAGGCAAAACGAAAGCCGUCUACUUGAUCGCUGAUGAGCCGGAAAACUGCCUGCUCAUCUCAAAGGACAAAAUCACAGCCGGCGAUGGAGCUCGAGCGAACGACUUGGUCGGGAAGGCAGCCAUCUCGAACCAGACCGCGUGUAGAAUAUUCGCCUACCUGAACGCAUGCGGGGUCAAGACUCAUUUCGUUAGGCAGCACGAUGAGAAGAGUUUUGUAGCACGUCGCUGUGACAUGAUCCCAAUCGAAUGGGUGACCCGACGCUUGGCGACAGGGUCGUUCCUGAAAAGGAUGCCGGGUGUCAAGGAGGGCUAUCGUUUCAACCCUCCGAAGCUGGAGACUUUCUUCAAGGACGACGCAAACCACGAUCCGCAAUGGAGUACAGAGCAGCUGAUCGAGAAUAGACUUUCACUCGGCGGAAUCACGAUCGGACGCGACGAGGUCGAGAUCAUGCUGAAGAUGACUCGCACCGUUUUCGAAGUCCUCGAACGCGGAUGGCAAUCGUUGGACUGUUCCCUGAUCGACAUGAAAGUCGAGUUCGGAGUGGAUUCAACAACGAAAGAAAUCAUUCUGGCCGAUCUCAUUGAUUCUGACUCGUGGAGACUUUGGCCCAGGGGAGACAAGAGACUCAUGGUUGACAAGCAGGUUUACCGCAACCUCCAAGAAGUCACAGAUCAGGCCUUGGAAACGGUGAAACGGAACUUCCAAUGGGUUGCCGAGCAAAUGAAGAAAUUCCAGCCGAAGCCCGUGGCUCAGGUCGUCAUUCUCAUGGGAUCCGCCUCGGAUCUCGAGCACUGCAAGAAGAUUAAGGAAAAACUCUCCCAAUACCAAAUCCCGACCGAUAUGAGAAUUACUUCGGCGCACAAGAACACCGAUCAAGCGCUGAACAUCAUCGCCGAAUAUGAGGGAUUGGGCGUGCCGUUGGUGUUCAUCGCGGUGGCCGGUCGAUCCAAUGGCCUGGGACCUGUGACAAGCGGCAAUAUCAACGCUCCGGUAAUCAACUGUCCCCCGGUGUCGGCUGACUGGGGAGCCGAGGACAUCUGGAGUUCGAUGCGAGUCCCUUCUGGACUGGGCUGCACGACGGUGCUGUUCCCCGAGGCCGCGGCUCUGGCCGCCGCUCAGAUCCUGGGGCUGAAGGACCAUGUGAUUUGGUCGACCCUUCGCUGCGAACAAAUGAACACUUGGAUUGCAUUGAAAAAAUCCGAUAUGAAAAUUCGCAAAGAACAGGGUAUCAAGAACUGACUGUGAAUUCUUUUGGAGAAGAAUAAAAUAAAAGCAUAACCUGGUGAAUGACUCGAA